UGUAUUGAUUAGUGGAACAAAGAGUUAUUAAUUUUGGCUUACAGAUUUGGUAUGUAGCUUAGAAAUUCCAUCACGUAUAUAAGAUUGGAUGCAUGGGUAAUUUGCAAGGCAUGCCAUAAAAUGCUUACACUUCAAGUGCAUCUCAUUAUAGUAAACUUUAUCCAAAAUUUUCCAUCAAUAUUAAUGCAUACCAUCACGUACAAUUUUCAAAAUUAUUUUCUUUCUUCUCCGUACAUUAUCACAAAAAUGAUUACUCUCAAAUAUGCAUCAUUUGUCUUGUUAAUUUCCGUCGGUUUAUCCUUAACGACGACUAAUUACCUUACUAAUUCUCCCUUACUACCAUCCUUCAAACACGCCGAUAAAUACAACCCUAGCUUGAAAUUAAGCCAUCAUAAGCAUCAUCAUGAACAUCGUCGUCAUCACCAUAAAGAUAACAAUAAUCAUCAUCACAAAGAUCAUAAUCAAAAUGUGACUGUUAAUGUUUGCGAUGAUUUUCCACCGGAUUUUCCUCCUCCAAAUACGGAUACCACAUCAAUUUUAUGUGUUGAUAGUAAAGGAUGUUGUAACUACACAACGGUUCAAUCUGCUGUUGAUGAUGCUCCUCUUCUUAGCCAAAAAAGAAUCAUUAUAUGGAUUAACUCAGGCUUAUACUAUGAAAAGGUGACGAUUCCGAGAAGCAAACCAAACAUCACCUUCCAAGGGCAAGGGUACACCUCGACCGCCAUUGUAUGGAAUGAUACGGCUUCUUCUGCACACGGCACUUUCUCUAGUGGUUCAGUUCAAGUAUUUGCUUCUAACUUCAUUGCUAAGAACAUUAGUUUCAUGAAUGUUGCUCCAAUACCUGCUCCUGGUGCUGUAGGAGCACAAGCUGUGGCUAUUAGAGUCGGAGGAGAUCAAGCCACCUUUUGGGGUUGCGGUUUUUUUGGAGCACAGGACACGCUACAUGAUGAUCGAGGCCGCCAUUACUUUAAGGAUUGUUACAUCCAAGGUUCCAUUGAUUUCAUCUUUGGCAAUGGAAGAUCAUUCUAUGAGAAUUGUGCAAUGAUCUCCAUAGCAAGCCCGGUUCCACCAGGCCAAAAAAACAUAAACGGAGUUGUAACAGCGAGUGGAAGAGCUUCACAAGACGAAAAUUCGGGGUUUGUAUUCUACAAUUGUAGCAUUGGAGGCACAGGAAGAAUUUGGCUUGGACGUGCAUGGCGUUCGUUCUCACGUGUACUUUUUGCUUACACCACCAUGUCUGAUAUUAUUGCUCCCGAGGGUUGGAAUGACUUGAACAACCCCAACAACGACCAGACGGUGUUCUAUGGGGAAUAUAUGUGUUCGGGACCAGGCGCUAGUAUGAGUGCAAGGGUGGCUUACGAGCAAAAGCUUAAUGAAACUGUAGUGGCUCCUUUCCUUACCAUGACAUACAUUGACGCAGAUCAAUGGUUGGACUCUUAUACUACUAAUCUUGUCGUCCAUUCUACUAAACCUUUAAUUUAAUCUUGUGAAAUUAAUCUAUAGGGGAUGAUGAUGAACAUGUUAAAUUACUAGUUGUAUAUAUUUUGAGGAUUGUUGAAAUUGUAAAAUUGGAUAUAAUCCCCCAACUUAAAUGAUUCUUUAUUACUCCAGUUUUAUAUCAUUUAAAAUCAUAAUUAUA